AUGGAUAUUACGUCUGCAGCGGCGAUACCACGAGCGUAUAUAUCUGGGUUGGCUCAUCAGGAACUGUGCUGGAGUGCAGCUGCGCUUUCCGCCAGGUGGAAAGUGUUGGCGCGCACAUCGUCAAACCAAUUAUCAGCCCGCGCGAUUCCGAAAGACGUCCAGGAAAGCCUUGACGAGACCCAAUAUACGGAUACUUCAAAUGUUGGUGGAGGCGGUAGCUUGUGGCCGCCACUGGUUUUGCACGAACGCGUCGGUGCAGGAACGUUUAGCACUGUGUACAGGGCCGUGCUGGACCAAGCGUGCGCUCAAAAUCGUGCAUAUGCCGUGAAACGCUUCUACAAAACGAACGAGCCGCGACGAAUACAGCAGGAAGUGCGCUUUCUGUGUGGGCUCCAAGGGGAGAAAGGUAUUCCGCGCCUUGAGGGUAUCUUUCGCCGGGACGAUGAAGUCUGGAUGGUGAUGCCGCUCUACCCUAAUGAGCCGUUCCGUCUCCUGAUCGCGGAUAUGGGCAUCGACGAUAUGCGCGUGUACAUGCGCGCGCUUCUGGACGUGCUCAGUGUUCUGGAGCGGCAUCAGAUCAUCCACAGGGAUGUGAAACCGGGAAAUUUUCUCUUUCAUCGCAAGCAUCCAGACGCCGCGGUGCUUGUUGACUUUGGCCUCGCCCAGAAAUCCGAGCAAACGCGAAACCGCGACUGCGAUUCCGGGCAAAACUUGUGGCGGGAUCCCAGGGCGCAAACCGCUUGCCGGCAACUUUCCUCAGGAGCUAAUGCAGUGGACACGGUAUCCAGUGACCGCGAUCGCUUGGAUGACUGGCGACUUGCGAUGACGGCGCCCGUUUUCACACCGACGCCAGCUAGAGCGCCCGCAUGGAAAGUCUCUCGUUUAACAGAGGAUCGGACUCGACGUAGGGCAGUAACCAUGGAAUCGGCAGAGGCACCGCGGGCGGGAACUCGCGGAUUUCGUGCACCCGAAAUUCUUCUGCGAUAUCGUGAUCAAGAUUCCUGCAUCGAUGUCUGGAGCGCGGGCGUCAUCUUUUUAUCCAUGCUAUCAUGUCAAUAUCCGUUCUUUCGCGCGAGCAGCGACGAAGAAGCCCUCCUGGAACUCGAGCAGAUAUUCGGGACCCAGAAACUAGCGUCCGCAGCAAAAGCCUGUCGACGCCCUUUUGUUCCCGCGAACAAUUUUCCUGGAGUGGACCUGCGCCAACUGUGUCUCCAGCUGCGGGUGGGCAGGCGGCCGAACACAGCCUCCGAGACGGAAGUUCCAGACGAGGCCUUUGACCUCCUCAGCAAGAUGCUCGAACUCAAUUGCCGCCGACGUCUACCAGCCUCGGCUCUUUUAGAGCAUCCCUUUGUGAGAAAAUCUUCCUCGUAG